AUGGCUCCUGUGACAAAAAACUUGCUCGAAGCCCUAACCAGGGCUGCUCGUUCUGCCCCCGAGAAGGGCCUUCUGAUCUACCCGCCUGGACAGACGGAAGGCGAGCCCGUCAGAAUCACGUAUCCCGAUCUCCUGGGGGAUGCAAUUGUCCUGGGAAACUCGAUCAAGACCAUCCCGGGCCUGACGCCGGAGACGAUCAUCCUCAUCCACCUGGACAACCAUGAAGAUAAUGUCCGCUGGCUGUGGGCGGUGCUGGCGGCCGGCCAAGUGCCUGCCAUCUCGACGCCGUUCACUAACAACCUCGACCAACGCCGCAAGCACCUGUUGCAUCUGCAGGAUGUCCUGCAGAGCCCCGUAGUGCUCACCAGGGAACAUCUGGUGUCCGAGUUUCUCGACCUGCCUGGACUUGUCAUCCACACAGUCGAGGAUCUGACGGCCCACCAAGCUCCUCUCCGGGCCGAGUAUAUCUCAAACAACGGGUACACGCAGUCACCCAAGGACCUUGCCGCCCUGAUGCUCACGUCUGGGAGCACCGGGAAUGCGAAGGCCGUAGCGCUGCGCCAUGGCCAGAUCCUGCAUGCCGUCGCGAGCAAAGCCGUGUACCACGGCACACAUCGCGAUGAGGUCUUUCUGAACUGGAUCGGCAUGGACCACGUCGCCAACCUCACAGAGAUUCACCUGCAUGCAAUGAAUCUGGGGGCAGACCAGGUGCACGUCCACGCUGGCGACCUUCUGGCCAACCCGCUCGCGUUUUUGCGGCUCAUCGAGCGCCACGCAGUGGGAUACACGUUCGCGCCGAACUUCUUCCUCGCAACGGUAAAGAAAACCCUCGAGAACAUACUGCCGCAUCGAUCGGUAGACGACGCCCCGAGCCAGGGCCUCCCAGAUGUCUCCUCCCUGCGCUGCCUGAUCUCUGGCGGAGAAGCCAACUCAACGGCGCUGUGUGCCGCCCUGACCAAGUUGCUCCAGCCGUUUGGGGCCCCCUGCGACUUCAUCCGGCCCGGGUUCGGCAUGACAGAGACAUGUGCUGGUAGUAUAUACAGCAAAGACUGCCCUGCGGGCGACCUUGUGCAAGCGCGAGAGUUCACCUCGCUAGGCCACUGCAUCCCGAGCAUGGAGAUGCAGGUGCGAGACACCGAGGGCCGGGUCUGCGCCGCCAACGAGACCGGCCAUCUCGAGGUGCGCGGUUCUAACGUGUUCAAGGAGUACUUCAACAACCCGACCGCGACGCAGGAGGCCUUCACGCCGGACGGCUGGUUUGUCACGGGUGACUUGGCCUUCCUGGAUGAGAGCCAGCGGCUGCAUCUGGUCGGCCGUGGCAAGGAGUCGAUCAACAUCAACGGUCUCAAGUAUUACCCGCACGAGAUCGAGGGCGCAAUCGAGGACGCCCGCAUCCCCGGCGUGGCGAUGUCGUACACGGCCAUCUUCCCCUAUCGGGUGCCGGGUGCGGCGUCCGAAACACUCUGCGUGGUGUAUCUACCCACCUACGCCGUGGACGACGUCUCUGCGCGCGUGAGUACGCGCAACGCAAUUCGCACGGUCGUCAUGAACCACUGCAUGGCGCGGCCGCAUCGUAUCAUCCCGCUGGACCGGGUGUUCUUGCCCAAGUCCGCUCUGGGCAAGCUCUCGCGCGCCAAGAUCAAGAAGGCGUUCGAGGCCGGCAUGUACGACUCCAGCAUCCAGCAGGACGAGGAGUUCCUGGGGCAGGCCACCAACGGCCCGUCGCUGCAGCCCACCACGCCCGCCGAGGCGGCAGUGCAGAGGGUGUUCGCCGAGGUUUUUGUCGCAUCAAGGGCGGAGCUGUGUGUCCACACCAACCUGUUCGAUCUGGGCUGCUCGUCGCUGGAGAUCUUCCAGAUUAAGUGGCUACUGCAGAACGAGCCGGACCUGCCGGACCGCAUCCCCGUCACAACGAUCAUCGGUCACCCGACAAUUGAAGGCCUCGCUGCGGCUCUAGACCCGACUGCCACGGACCGUUCUAGCAAGCCCUACGACCCGGUGGUCACGCUCCGCACGGGGGGCAACAAAACUCCCCUGUGGCUGGUCCACCCGGGCGUCGGCGAGGUAUUGGUCUUCUUGCACCUGGCCAACCGAUUCACGGAUCGACCGGUGUAUGCGCUGCGCGCGCGAGGGUUCGACGGGGAGCCUUUCUUCAGUAGUGUGGGUGAGAUGGUAGACGCCUACCGCACGGCUAUCCAGCGUGUGCAGCCCGCCGGGCCGUACGCCAUCGCAGGCUACUCGUACGGCGGCACGGUGGCAUUCGAGAUUGUCAAGCAGCUGCGGCAGGACGGGUUCGCGACACCUUUCCUGGCGGUGUUCGAUCAGCCGCCGCAUAUCAAGGAGCGCAUGCGCCAUGGCGGCUGGGCGGACGUGCUGCUGACGCUGGCGCGUUUCUUUGAUCUGCUGCUCAACGCAGAGGCCGAGGCCACGGUUGUCGCUCAGUUGCGGGCACUCGGGGGAGGGCUAGAAGACGACACUGAUAAGGGCCAGCUGGUGGAUCUGCUCCUGGCGUCGGCCUCGGAGCACCGCCUGGAGGAGUUCGGGCUGGAUAAGAGCCGGCUGGCGACGUGGACUAGCCUGGCGCUCAACUCACACGUCAUCGCGCGCGACUACGAGCCCCAGGGUCGUGUUCCAGCGCUGGAGGUGCUCUAUGGGCAGCCGAUUGAGGCGGUGGCAAGCACCAAGACGGAGUGGCUGGAGCAGAAGCUGUCGCGCUGGACGGACUUUGUCGACGACGUACACUUCCACGAGGUGCCGGGGCAUCAUUACACGCUGCUGGCGCCAGAGAAUGUCGGCGCCUUCUAUCGGACUCUGCGGGCCAGGAUGGAAGCGAGGGGGGUCUAG